AUGUUUUGCGGCAGCAUCUUGCCUUUGCAUCUUUUUCUCUGCAUUCAUUCCCUGCCUAUACAUGACCGGAGGGCCAUCAGCAAGUCCAAGCAGCUACAGUGCAGUCCAGUUUUAUCAGCUGCUCCAACUUCAACUUUGAGAAAGGGGUGGCCUCACAUAAACAGUCAUGUUGGCCUGAAGAAGAGAGGCCGACAUGAAGAGGACAUACUACAUGAAGAGUACCAAUUGAAAUCUGCAAUGGUAUCCAAAAAUGACACAGAGUUCUGGAAGCGUCCUCGCUGUGGAGUCCCAGACUAUUCCAAUUUAACGCAGGUUCACCUGUCCUACUACAACGUGAAGAAGAAGAGAGGCCUGCGUAGACGUCAGCGCGGGAAGCGAUUUGCGUUGUUUGGAGGACGUUGGGAAAGAACUGACCUCACCUAUCAGAUUGUACGUUUACCCCAAGAGAUGAGUGGGGACGAAGUGCGCCGUGUCUUCCAGGAGGCAUUAGGUGUAUGGAGUGCUGUGACUCCUCUGAGGUUCAGGGAGGUCACCAGUGAAAAAGCCGACAUCAUUAUUGACUUUAACAGGUACUGGCACGGGGACAGCUUACCAUUUGAUGGUCCUGGAGGAAUCCUCGCUCAUGCCUAUUUCCCCCAGACACACAGAGAGGGGGAAGUCCACUUUGACUAUGAUGAGAAUUGGACAGUGGGCAACAAUGUGGGCACUGAUCUCCUACAAGUGGCAACUCAUGAGUUUGGCCAUGUCCUAGGGCUGCAGCACUCUCUGGAGCCUGACGCUGUGAUGUGUCCUUUCUACAGUGACUCCUACCCUGUGCAGCUAAGUGAGGAUGACAAAAGGGGCAUUCAGUACCUGUAUGGCCCACCUCGGUACGUGCCGCCUGACAUACCUGAGACCAAUGAGAUUGAAAUUGGAAUACCAGAUGCCUGCAGAACAAACUUUGAUGCCGUGUCCAUGAUCAGGGGAGAGCUGUUCUUCUUUAAGUCUCGAUACAUUUGGCGUUUCCGCGAUGGGCAGCUGCAAGCUGGUUAUCCAGCNUUGACUUCCCGCCACUGGGGAGUCUUUCCUGACUACAUCGAUGCUGCAUAUGAAGACAAGUCUGGCAAUAUCUGGUUCUUCCAAGGUGAUAGCUACUGGGUGUUUGAUGCUGAGAAGAAGAUAACAGGACCAGAUUCGGUACAACAGCUGGGUCUUCCUGUAACAAAUAUCCAAGCAGCUUUGAAGUGGGAAGAGCACCACACUGAGAAAGUCUACCUCUUCAAGUCCACUUCUUACUGGGCCUUUAAUCCUCAGGAGAAUCAAAUUGAUGACGUCUAUCCUCGCAGCAUGCUUAAAUGGGGAGGAAUGCCCAGCCAUAUUGAUGCAGCUUUUCAGGACAUAUAUGGCUAUGCCAAUUUCCUGAGUGGGCUGCACUAUUGGAAGUUUGACCCUAUAGCGUUGAAGGUGCUGGAAGGCUACCCCCGCAGCAUCGGCAUGGACUUCUUUGGCUGCUCUGCCGUCUAAAUACGUUCAUACACAUGUAUAUUCAUAAGUUCUGAAGAGCAGUGGAUUGACUUUUCAUCUUAAUUACCCACAAAGAACAUUUUGGAAAUAUAUUUAAGACUGAUGUAUUUCAUUAAGUUGACUCAAAACCAAUGAGAGUAUAACAACAAACUCUUGCCAAAGUGAAUGACCACACCCACAGGCAAAGCAAAAAGCCACCCUCCUCCUGGCUGUUUCUAGGAUUGAACAGCCUAUAUUUCCUAGAAAAUCUCAACAAAAUCUACAACUAUUUCUGUGCAAAAUACCAGAAGGUGAUUGUGGGCAAAGGUCUAAUUGUGAGUUUUGGCAGUUUCCUCAAAAACUGUACAGUAGACGAUCACUCAUUACGUAUUAGUUGCUACUAAAGUAGUUACAGUAGCUACAUUACUUUUAUUUUUUACUCAGGACAGCACCAUCAAAGACUUUACAUUCAGUUGUUACAUCUUCCAUAUUUAAUGUGUGUAGAAAUAGAAAAUGAAAUGCCAUUUAGCAAGCAGUCAGCCAUUAGCUGUUUACUGUCAUCUGUCCCACUUCACACUAGGUGGGAUGUCUAAACCACCUUUGUUUUUUUCAGUGAUUAAAAUGCUAAUAACACAAUAAAAACAAUAACCUAUUAGUAAUGAUAUUUAAUAGUAAAACAUAUUAAAUGUGCUGAAAACAAAAUUGAGAUCCAGUAUGAUUACCAGGCUACAUGCAAGUCAGCACUAUAAGAACGGUCGCGCACUCCUGUAACCGCUUUGAUGUAUUAAAGAACGCUGACAAACAGAUCUGAUGACUCUGCAUAGUGUACCUUUAUCAUGACUUAUUGCUCUAAGCUGAAGAACAGCAUCAGAAAUUUAUCAUAAAUGACAUUUUGCAAUUAUCUGCAGUUACAGUGUGUGGACCUCCCAGAAUGUAAUCAUUUUAAAAUCACAGGAAACCCUAGCUUUAUCCCACUACUCUUUGAUCUCCCUUCGAGAACUCUGUCUCUGUAGUCUCAUUGUGAUGACUCAUACAAUGGCACCCAGUAUAGAAAUGGUCUCCUUUAGGGGAUAUCCAGAUUGAAUGUGGUAAAAUUAUGCUAAUGCUUGAGAUGUGAAAAUGCUGACAUUUAACCAGGAUCAUGAGAGCUGGCCUGUAUAGGAUUAAGGGCCGCUUAGCUUCACGUCGACAAACCUUGGCAUUUAUUUUUAUUUCCAAAACAUGUUAUUCUCAUUUCUGCUUUGACUGCUUCCUCAGUUUCCUUUGAUUCGAGUCAUUAGGUCCUUGGGCUUACACACACACACCAGGCAGUUCAAAACACCAUGUACAGUAGGUCAGAGCCUGGUGCACUCUGUGUAGUCAGCCUUCUCAACUCAGGACUUGAUUUUUACUUUACAGUGCAGCACGGUACUGUAAUUAUGUCAUUAUUCACAAAAGCAUUCCAGUCUAGUAUUUAUCAUUAAGAAAAAGAAAUUGUUAUCCUGGCAUUGACUAGCAAAGGGGUUGCUUGUUGAGCAGUUUGCGUGACAAAGUCGAUGAGAAUGAUAUUCACUGACGGGCAGUAUUGAAAGUCAACUCUGGCCCAGAGUCUCUGGGUAAUUUGGUCAAGUAGAUUUGUAUAAAUUCACUGCAUCCUGUUGAAAAUGAAUGAAGUGGUGUGCUACAUCUUUGAAUAUUUAAGGUACUAUUUUAGGUUCUGUAGGCAAGGAAAACCUCACACAACACAAACAAUGGUUUUUUCACUACUCAGCUUCGGUGCAUUUUUUGGACCUUCCUUAGAAAAACAAUUACACUUGGCUAAAAUAUAAAAUGUAGUCUGAUAUAAAUCAAGUGUUUCAGUC